ACUCCUUUUUCUUCUAUUCCACUUUUCAAAGUUCAACCAUCUAAUCAUCUAUUUUCCAUUGAUUUGAUUCCAUUUGGGAAGAACAAUGGGUCAAGCUGAGAGCGUAGCAGCGGCAUCGCCUCCAAACGAUCUUCCUCAAAGCCGGAAUUCAGCUGCAACUCCCGUCUCCAGUUCCUCUCGCGAUCCUCCUUCCAUGGAUUCUCUAAUUGCUGAAGCUGCGGCUUAUGGUAAUGAAGCAAAUGAGUCUCUUGAUGCCAAAGCUAACAGAGCAUUGGAGUGCCCCUGCAUAGCUGACUUGCGUAAGGGUCCAUGUGGGGUUCAGUUUUCUGAUGCUUUUCUCUGCUUCUUCAAGAGUACUGCAGAGGAAAAGGGAUCGGACUGUGUGCAUCCUUUUGUGGCUUUGCAGAGCUGCAUAAAAGCGAACCCGAACGCGUUCUCAAAGGAUAUCUUGGACGAAGAAGAAAAAGAAGAAAAGGAAAAGGAGAAGGCAGAAGAGCCCGCUGAAGAUUACAGAAUCAUUCCUCCUUCAUGGUCUAGAGAACCUCAAAUUCCCAAGUCCAAGCUUUAACUAGAACCAUCAACUUCCAUUUUUUCUGUCAUGGUAAGAUUAUUAUGAUUAUUUUGUCUGGGGUGUAGACUACAUUCUUAUAAUUGUUAACCGAAUUUUUAACCGUAAGGACUAAAUUGUUACUAAUUUUAAAGUA